UAAGUGUGUCUCUGGCGACCUGCCGUAGUGUAGUGACGUACGCGGAAGUGUUUUUGAUUUGACUGAACGAGAGCAUGGAAGACUGUGAAGUGAUUCGAAAUAUCCGAUCCUCAAAACCAAAGAAGAAAAAUGGGAAAAGCUCCCAAGUGAGGUCAGCUGAAGAUGAAGAGAGACGGAGAGAGGCUGUUAGAGAGACUCUUGGACUGAAGCUGGAACUUGAGCGCAAAGCACUGCAGAUUGUUGAGAGACUCUUGGAGGACAACAUGACGGAGGAGUUCGUCAUCAGCUGUGUAUGGCACAUCACUCCUGCCAACUACAAAGACACAGUGGAAGAACGGUCCAUUGCAAAACUGUGUGGAUAUCCUCUAUGUUCAAAUAAACUCAAAAACGUCCCCACCCAACAGUUUACAAUAUCCACCAAGACCAAUAAAGUCUUUGAUAUCACAGAGCGUAAGUACUUUUGUAGUAAUUUCUGCUACAAAGCCUCCAAAUGUUUAGAGCUUCAGAUAUCAAAAACUCCACUUUGGCUCAGAAAGGGGGAAACGCCUCCUGAGAUUAAGCUUAUGAAAGAAGGUGACAGAGGCAGCUCAGGGAAGGAAGUAAAGUUGCUUGACAAGCCUAUAACAAACGCCAACAUUGAGAAUCCUUUCCAAGAAGUUGCUGAGCCUUUAACGGACUCACCUCCCUUUGGUCAAAGUGACAGCAGUGACACUGAGCAAGACUUUGUCUCAAGUGUCAUUACCAAGCCUCAUAAACAUGCACAGGUACACUGGGGUAAACUGCCAAAGAAAGAUGGACAUACUGACAAUGAUGGGCCAAGCUGUGAAGAAAAUGAAGCUGCAUUUCCUGAAAGAGCAGACAGCAAAAAUAUCGUUGAAAAUAGAUCUCCACUACAGAAAGACCCAGAGAUUUCUAGUACAGAAGUUAAAUCCGUUAAUUCCCAUGUUGAAGGAACUAGGGAGCUCUUGAAACAUUGUAAUCUAGAAGGUGGUCACACUGUCAGCCAUCAAGAGACUAGUCUCCCUUCACAGCCUGAGACUGGAAACACCACCCCUGCCUCUGGCGGCCUGAACAUCACUCAGGUGGGCAUGAGUAAGAGAGGAGCCGCAGGCCUCAAAGACCUGUUGAAGGAUCAUAAUAAAGCUAAGUUAGCUUUAAAAGCCAUCAAUAUGUGUCUGUUAGAGCGUCUAAGGGAAACAUUUGUUGAAUGGAAAACUGAGGAAACCAUGAAGUUUCUAUAUGGUUCUGGUUACGGCUCAGAAACAGAUUCUAAGGCACAAGCAGAAGAGGAACUGGAUGAAGAUGACCUGGAUGAGGUUGAGGUGGAGGAUGGCUUAAGAGGUCCGACUAAACCGUGUGCAGCAGCUCCUGAUUUUAAUACGCUGCGACAAGAGACAGAGCACCUGGAGCUGAGAGUAAAGGAGUUUUAUAAAGGAGUUUUUGUUAUGGCUGAGGAUCUUGAGAAAGAUUCAGGCAAAGGGAGAGGAGACAAAGAGGGCACUAGAAAGGAUCCUCCUCUUCCUUUAGUGGAUUCACAUGCACAGCACCUGAUUCAGAAACGCAUUACUGUGGAGAAGCUGAGCAGGAGUCUGAGAGAUGUUCUUGGACCCCUGCGCCUAACAAUGAGUGAUGUCAUCAAUGACAUCAAUAAUUUGGUCAGGACUUUCAGGUUCACAAACAAAAAUAUAAUUCACAAAAGCCCUGAAUGGACUUUAAUUGCAGUGGUUCUUCUUUCAGUGUUAACAGAAGUGUCACCAUUGCUGAAAGAUUCCCUUGCAAGUCCAUCAUCAGUUGAAUACGUCUCCUCUUUGAUGAGAGAACUGAAACUGAACGAUAAAGAUCUGCACAGCCUUGUGUUGCUUUUCAAGCCCCAAAUCAUUUCACAAGCCUAAUGUACAGCAUCAAAGAUUUACUAGUUAUAAUAAAUCCCAGUCUGUUGCACUGAU